AUGUCUCCAUAUGCGAAAGUCGACUGCCACUCUCACUACCUCCCAGCGGAAUAUCGCAAGGCACUCGCCGAAAAUGGCCACCGCAAUCCUGAUGGCAUGCCAGCAAUCCCCGAAUGGAGCGAAGAAAGUCAUCUCACAAUGAUGAAGUCUAUCAAUGUAACAAAGUCGAUCCUCAGUGUCAGCACACCUGGAGUCCACCUCAAGGCUGGAGACGACGCGCUCGCCCGAAAACUCGCCAGACAUGUCAACGAGGUGGCUGCAGAUCUGAAGAAGCGAAAGCCCGACCAGUUUGGCUUCUUUGCCUCACUGCCUCUGCCGGACGUCGACGGCACCUUGCAAGAGAUCUCCCACGCCUUGGAUCAGCUCAAUGCUGACGGGGUCGUCAUGCUCACCAAUUUCCACGGGUCGUAUCUUGGACACAAGGACUUUGAUGCAGUCUUCGACGAGUUGAACCGAAGGAAAGCCGUCGUCUUCAUACAUCCUACCACACCGUGCUUGUCAUCGGGCACCGCGGCCACGCCGCUCCCUCAAUUCCCGAGACCGAUGUUUGAGUUUUUGUUCGACAGUGCUCGCGCCGUCAUCAACUUGUUCCUGUCCGGCACCGUCAAGCGAUGUCCCAACAUCACCUUCCACAUGUCACAUGUCGGAGGCGCAUUCCCGCCCUUGAUCAACCGGUUCUCGAGCGUGGCCGAAAUCAUGAAGCUGGGUGGAUCCGCCAACGAGGUUAGUCCAGCAUGGGUCAAGGAGAGGCUCAACACGCAGUUCUAUUUUGACACGGCGGGGUGGGCGUUCCCGGAGCAGGCCAAGGGCUUGUUGGAGUAUGUCACUGUCGACAGGUUUUUAUACGGCAGCGAUUUCCCGUACACGCCAUUGCCCGUGGUUCAAGCGUUGUCGAAGCAGCACGAUGAAUAUCUGCCUCAGGUGUUUGCUACCGAGGAGGACAAGGACAAGCUUUGUAGCAAGAACGCUGUGCAGCUCUUCAGCAGAGUUUCCAGCAAGCUUGCUUGA